AGAUUUGCCGUCCCUGCUUCUGCGCCUCGCGGCCGUCCUCGCCCUACGACGGGGAAGCGGUCGGUUUCAUGGCAGCCGUGGGCGAGGCGGCCGAGCCGGGAUCGGUGGCUGUAGCCGCGACGGCAACGGCGGGGCUCGGGCGAAGAAAAGCCCACGGCAAGAUUCUAAAAUAAAUUAUUCAAGAAGACAAGACAAUUAGGCUAAAUAGUGAGACUCAUCAUAGGACCCCAGUUGCUGCUUACAAGCCUCUACAUGCAAAUCUGGACUUUUGGGGAAAUCUUCAUCUAGCCCUUUGUCCUCCUAUCUGAAAUGAUGUUGUGGAAGAUUAUGGGGCAUCCUAUGCAAACCCAGAAUACUUUAGUUGGAAGGAAACUUGGAUAAAGAAAACUGCAUAUGUAGAAGCACUUACAUGCAUUAUGUGGAUUUUUUUGGAUCCUGACCUCUGCAAGUGUUUGAAAAAAAAAUACUCAUGAUUUUGGUGAUCCUAAAAAAACAAUCCUAAUUGCUGUUCUGAUAAAAUGUCAAUCUGGACUGGGCACGCAUGUGACUGAUUCAUCGAGGAAAAAAGCUGCAAGUUGCAAGUUUUUUUCCUUGUCUGAUUUUGCUGUCGACCAUUUAAUUUCUUCAUAAUAUUGCUUGCACUUUAAUAGCUUCUUCACAUUGGCUUUGCUUCCGCCGUCAUUCUUGCAACCUCCUGCCCUGCACUCUUUAAUUAAAGUGCCAUUAGGAAAUAUUAAUUCAGAUGUCUUAAGGCUUCUUUCCACUAUUAAGUCAGAUAGCAGAAGUGGCAUCAUACAUUUCUCAAGAAAUAAUCUGGUGCACGUUUUGCUAGCAGAUUCUGCAGUCUGGACAAGAUGUAUAUUCCCAAGGUACAAAAGUGUCAUGUUGCAGCUGCUUCUAUACAUGAAUCUUAAAUUAUGUGCUUGAAAAAUAAUUAAAGGGGGUCCUUAACCUACCUUGCCUGAGAGUUCUAAUUGAGUUAUCUGUAUAACUUUCAACUUAAUUAAAUAAUCUAAUGAGUACAAAAGUCUUACAAUUUCCCAUCAGAUCUGUUGCAGGAUUCUUCUGCAUAAUUAAAUGCUUGGAUUUUUGGAAUUUAUUAACAGCUUAACAAACUAGCCUUCUUUACUUAUUUAUUUUUGAGAUUCUUAAUGUCAAAAACCUAAUAUAUCUAUUAUUAUUUGAGCAUUUUCCACAAUGAGUAUUCUGGGGAAAAAUGAUUUUGUUAUUGUAAAGCAAUCUUUCAUUUUGGAACAGAAACCAACCUAGCUAUUUUAGUUCCCAACUAGGUUAGUACUUCCAAUUCUUAAAACUAAUUGUACCAGUCUACAAUAUUCUUUUAAUCUAUGAAAACCUAUACAUGAAAUGUCGGUUAUUUUAUAUAUGGAAUUGACUGAUGAAAGCUGGUAUAUAAAUGCACUCUUGUUGCAACAUGGUACUUUAGUGCCUAAAUUUAAUGGUAGGCAAAUUGCUUGAAAACCGAGAAACUGGCAUUGCCUGCAGAAAUGCCUAUUUUAUGAUUCCACUUCAUCCUUUAAAAAAAUAUCAGAGUACAGGACACAUUUCUGAGUUGAUUUUGUUUUGGCUCUAGUUAAAAAUAAACUUAUGCAUCACAAAUCUUACUUCCUUCACUGCUUUCUCCAGGAUAAUCUUCGUAACAGCUGUUAAAAGACGACAAACAAUACAAUUUAAAUACUGAAAUAUAUUUUACUGAUCAAGUAAAAUGGAUCCAUGUUCAAUUGGAAAUCAGCUGCAAGCAAGCAGCGAUUGUCAUAAAGCAUAUUUUACGUCUCAAACUGGCUUCAAGACUAAGCAAGAUUUAUCAGCAACUGACCUGUUACUUCUUCAGCUUAGAACUGGGAUAACUCUUUCAGAGACUCAUACAAUCUGCUUACAUCAUGCCAAAGUUUACCUUGAUAGGUACGAGGACUUGCAAAAGUCAUGUUGCGAUCCUUUUAAUAUACACAAAAAACUCUCCAGGAAAAACUUGCAUGCAAUUGACAUAGAUGAUUCAACUUUUCUAAGUGCCAAGUUUGGACGUCAAUUUAUACCAGGCUGGAAGCUUUGCCCCAAAUGUACACAGAUAAUAAAUGGAAAUGCAGAGGUUGACUCUGAAGACCGUCAACGAAGGAGACUUGAUUCAGACGGACGUACAACUAAAGCCUUGAAGUCCUUACAGUUUACUAAUCAAGGACGGCAUACUGGAUUUCCUCCAGAAGCAGCAAACAAAAGAGAAAAAAGAAAGCUACAAACAAAAAAUACAUCCGUUAAUUCAGACAGGCAAUUAAUAGCAAAGAGCAAGGUAUACGACGGCCAAGGCUUUCUGCUUUACAGCGGGAUAGACCUGUGUGACUGCCUUGAUGAAGACUGCCUUGGGUGUUUCUAUGCCUGCUCCAAGUGCGGCUCUCGCAAGUGUGGACCUGAAUGCCGUUGUGAUCGCAAGUGGCUAUAUGAGCAAAUUGAGAUUGAAGGAGGGGAAAUUAUUCGUAAUAAGCAUGCGAUAUAGCGUGUGCUCUGCAUUUCAUUGGUGAGCAACAGGAAGGUUGUUCGCAAAAUUUAAUGGGUUCAUAUUUCCAGUUAAGAUUCAGUGUUGUGCAAACAAGCAAUAGGUAAGGGCAAGUUCUACAUGUCAUCUGUACAGAAGAAAAAUUAGAAGUAUUUGUGAAUUUAUUAACAGACAAGCUAAGAAGAGUGGUAUGGGCUAAUACUCAUUGUGUGUUUCAUGCAGUACAUUUUUUUCUCCAGCUCAUUAUUGCUGCUUUUUGUAGGAAAUCUUUUGAGUAUUUCCUUGUUCUGGACCAUGGUUUCUCUUGCAGACACUUGCAGCAUAAGCAGUAUUAGUUGCA